AUGCAAAACAGAUCAGAAAAACUUACCCCUACAACUAUGGAGGAAGAGCAGGCUCUCCAGAAACGAAAAUUUUAUUGGGGAAAUACACCAGAUGAAGAAGAAUACCACAAACUCCAUAACAUCAAGUCCACUACUUCUUUCUACAAAUCACCAAGAGGCUUAUCUUUAUUCACUAGAUCAUGGCUUCCCCUCACCCCACCACGUGGAAUCAUCUGUAUGGUCCACGGCUACGGCAACGACAUCAGCUGGACCUUCCAAGCCACCGCGAUCUUCCUCGCCGGCAACGGGUAUGCCUGUUUCGCACUUGACAUGGAAGGCCACGGCCGAUCUGAAGGACUCAAAGCUUUCGUCCCCAACGUCGACGAUGUCGUUGGAGAUUACUCGGCGUUCUUCUCAUCGGUCGCUACUUCAACCGAUGCCAAUUAUCAAAACCUCCCUAAAUUCUUAUUCGGUGAAUCCAUGGGCGGCGCAAUCUGUCUCUUGAUUGAAUGCAAAAGACCUAAAUUCUUCGAUGGCGCAAUCCUGAUCGCUCCGAUGUGUAAGAUCUCGGAUAAAGUAAGACCUAGUUGGCCGAUUCCUGAGAUUUUGAUGUUUGUAUCCAAGUUCGCCCCAAGUUUGGCGAUCGUUCCGACGGCUGAUUUAGUCGAUAAAUCUGUGAAAGUUCCCGAAAAGAGAAUCAUCGCUGGUAUGAAUCCGGUUAGAUACACAGGGAAACCGAGAUUGGGGACAGUGGUGGAGUUGCUACGAGUGACGGAAUACUUGAGCAGUCAAUUAAGCAAUGUGAACAUUCCAUUCAUCGUGUUACAUGGAAACGCUGAUGUUGUUACAGAUCCCGAAGUGAGUAAAGAUCUGUACGAGAAGGCAAAGAGCAAGGAUAAGAGUUUGAAGAUCUACGACGGGAUGAUGCAUUCACUGUUGUUUGGGGAAACCGAUGAGAAUGUUGAGCUUGUUCGUGGCGAUAUUUUGUCGUGGUUGAAUGAUCGAUGUUGA